GGGUCGUCUUCCUAUCUUCAGUUGCGUCGGUAGCUGGAGGAGGACGGACGGUGAUGGCGGCGGUCGCAGCGAACCUAGCUGCAGCUGCCGGCCAGGCCUCUGCUGAGGACAGAGAGACACAGCCCGAGGCAAUGCCAGACCUGGAUGAACAGUGGCGCCAAAUCGGGAAUGGGCGAGAGCGUCCACUGCGAGCUGGCGAAAGCUGGUUCCUUGUGGAGAAGCACUGGUAUAAACAAUGGGAGGUGUAUGUGAAGGGAGGAGAUCAAGAUGCUAGCACCUUUCCUGGCUGUAUCAACAAUGCUGGGCUCUUUGAAGAUCAGAUAAACUGGCACCUCAGGGAGAGACUGCUAGAAGGAGAGGAUUAUGUGCUGCUCCCAGCGCCUGCUUGGAACUACCUGGUCAGCUGGUAUGGCUUAAUGGAUGGCCAGCCACCUAUUGAGCGCAAGGUCAUAGAACUUUCUGGCAUUCGGAAGGUGGAAGUGUACCCAAUAGAGCUUCUGCUUGUUCAGCACAGUGAUAUGGAAACAGCGCUCACUAUUCAGUUUAGCUAUACUGAUUCUGUGGACCUAGUCUUGCAAACAGCUCGGGAGCAGUUUCUGGUAGAGCCUCACGAAGACACACGCCUCUGGACCAAGAACUCAGAGGGCUCUUUAGAUCGAUUGUGCAACACACAGAUCACACUGCUUGAUGCCUGCCUUGAGACUGGGCAGUUGGUCAUCAUGGAGACCCGAAACAAAGAUGGCACUUGGCCCAGUGCUCAGCUGUGUGGCAUGAACAACAUACCGGACGAAGAUGAGGACUUCCAGGGUCAACCAGGCAUCUGUGGCCUUACCAAUCUGGGCAACACGUGCUUCAUGAACUCGGCCCUACAGUGCCUGAGCAAUGUGCCACAGCUUACGGAGUACUUUCUCAACAACCGCUACCUAGAGGAGCUCAACUUCCGGAAUCCUCUGGGCAUGAAGGGUGAGCUUGCCGAGGCCUAUGCAGAUCUGGUAAAGCAGACUUGGUCUGGCUACCACCGCUCCAUUGUGCCCAAUGUGUUCAAGAACAAAGUUGGCCAUUUCGCAUCCCAGUUUCUGGGCUACCAGCAGCAUGACUCACAGGAACUACUGUCAUUCCUCCUGGAUGGGCUACAUGAAGACCUCAAUCGAGUCAAAACGAAAGAAUAUGUUGAGCUAUGCAAUGGUGCUGGGCGGCCUGAUCUGGAAGUGGCUCAGGAAGCCUGGCAGAACCACAAACGACGAAAUGAUUCUGUGAUUGUGGACACUUUUCAUGGACUCUUCAAGUCCACACUGGUGUGCCCUGAUUGUGGCAAUGUUUCUGUGACCUUUGACCCCUUCUGCUACCUCAGCGUCCCACUGCCUGUCUGCUCCAGGAGGGUCUUGGAGGUCUUCUUUGUCCCCAUGGAUCCUCGCCGCAAGCCAGAACAGCACCGGGUUGUAGUCCCCAAGAAGGGCAAUAUCUCGGACCUGUGUGUGGCUCUGUCUACACAUACAAGUGUUGCACCAGACAAGAUGAUAGUAGCUGAUGUCUUCAGCCACCGAUUCUAUAAGCUCUACCAGCUGGAGGAUCCUCUGAGUGGCAUCUUGGAUCGUGAUGAUAUCUUUGUAUACGAGGUGACGGGCCGGAUUGACCCUGUUGAGGGUUCAAGAGAUGAUAUUGUGGUUCCUGUUUACCUGCGGGAGCGCACCCCAUCCAGAGACUACAACAACUCCUACUACGGUCUGAUACUUUUUGGGCAUCCUCUCCUGGUGUCAGUGCCCCGGGACCGGUUCUCCUGGGAGGGCCUAUAUAACAUCUUGAUGUACCGGCUUUCACGAUAUGUGACCAAACCCACCUCAGAUGAGGAUGAUGGAGAAGAGAAAGGGGAUGAAGAUGAGGAUGAGGAUGUCGAACAACAAGAAGAAGAUAAUAGCAGUAGUGAAGAAGAAAAGGAAGAAGUGUCUGGGCCUACCGUUAAUGAUGGCACCCAAGAAGCAGAGCAGGACCAGGCUGGCACCAGCUCUGGGGUCACUGGGACAUGCCCAUUCCUCUUAGAUAACAGCCUCCACACAUCGCAGUGGCCUCCGAGGCGACGACGAAAGCAACUGUUUACUCUGCAGACAGUGAACUCCAAUGGAACCAGUGACCGGACCACCUCACCUGAAGAAGUCCAAACCCAGCCAUACAUUGCCAUGGAUUGGGAACCAGAGAUGAAGAGGCGUUACUAUGAUGAAGUGGAGGCUGAGGGUUAUGUGAAGCAUGACUGUGUGGGAUACAUGCUGAAGAAAAAUCCAGUGCAGCUGAAGGAGUGCAUCAAACUCUUCACCACUGUGGAAACCCUUGAGAAGGAGAACCCCUGGUACUGCUCCUCCUGCAAGCAGCACCAGCUGGCCACCAAGAAACUGGACCUCUGGAUGCUACCUGAAGUUCUCAUUAUCCACCUGAAGCGUUUUUCAUUUUCCAAAUUUUCCCGGGAGAAGCUGGACACCCUGGUGCAGUUUCCUAUCCGAGAUCUGGAUUUCUCUGAGUUUGUCAUCAAACCAAAGACUGAAUCUUCUCCAGACAUGUAUAAAUAUGAUCUCAUCGCAGUUUCCAACCAUUAUGGUGGCAUGCGUGAUGGACACUAUACAACAUUUGCCUGUAACAAAGACAGUGGCCAGUGGCACUACUUUGAUGACAAUAGUGUCUCACCUGUGAAUGAGAAUCAGAUUGAGUCCAAGGCAGCCUAUGUCUUGUUCUAUCAACGCCAAGAUGUGGGUCGACGCCAGUCCCAGUCUGCUUCAUCUGCUUCCCCUGCCUCCCCUGCCUCUCCUGCCUCCAGUUCUACACCCAACUCUGAUAUCAUGGAUGUCAAUUAAAGAGCCCUGGAACCUACCAUGGAGGAGGAAGCCCCCUUUGCCACUCUUUCCUGUCUACCCUGUCUCUUUCCUGUGUUCACCGCUCCCCCAGACAUUGCAGGCUUAGUCUGUGGCUACUGUUCUCUUGUACCGCUGUAUUACUCUCUCAGAAAGAAGAGACCCCGUGCUCCUGGCAGUGUGCCCCUGCCUGUGUGUGCCCGUACAGCAGUGACUUCCCCUCCUAGUCUUAUUUAUGCUUCCCUUCCCUCUUUUCCUCAUGCCAAAGUGUUCUUAGUGGCUGAUACUUGGGGUUCACAUGAACACAGAGUGUAUUUUCUUAUUGAAACCAUACCUUCCUCUCUGUGUUAAGUAUACAUAAAAAGCUCCCGACUCCAC